AUGGGGAAGGGAAGUGUAAACAUCGUUUCAAGAUCGCCUGUCGAAUCAUGUCCAGUUGCUUUAAGCGAGAAGUUUUAUUUCAUAUUUACCAAGACGGGAAUACUAAAUUAUCAAGUUAAUUUAAUAUAACUUCCUACCCGAAAACACCACAUAUUGGCUAUGAAAUAAAGUUUUGAGCCAUAUUUUGUUCCGAUGUUAACUUGCGUGGAUCCCGGUGCCAUAUACUUAAUUUCGUGUGAAAAUUACAAACACUGCCAAAACCGCCAUAUCUCGCCACCAAUGUUAAUUCUACAUCGUGUUUAGUGAGGUUGCUAUACUGACCGUCAAUAAGAGCUUAAUAAAUAAAUAUAGUUUUAUCUAGAGUGACUCUAGUUUUAUCCUAUGAAGAUGUAAUAUGUGGUACAUAAAAGAAUGCUUUAGAAAAUCGUAUUAUAAAAUCUCUCAGUUGAUUUCCCCUAGUGUGAUGAUGGUUUUUGGAUACCUGAAUUUGCGAGCAUAAAAAUGCUUACUAUUUAUAGGUUAUCCACUAAACUAAAAAGGCAAUCGUUCGAUCUGUGCUCAAAAUUAUCUAAAAUUGUUAUGUCGCGCGAAACACAUAUUAAUGGUAAAAUGGAGCUACCGUCUGUGAAUGGUAUUUCGACAACCGAGACGGAAGAAAAGACGUCGAAAUAUAGUGAUUAUGUAAAAUUUUUGGAGCUAGUUGGUAAUCUCAAGCACACCAAGAGAACUGGAUGGGUUUUGCGAAAUGUUAAAGAUUGCGAAAGUAUAUCAGGUCACAUGUACAGAAUGGGAUUGAUGUCAUUCCUAUUGGAUGGUAGUCAAGGAUUAGAUAGAAUUCGUGUCAUGGAAUUAGCGCUUAUACAUGACCUUGCCGAAAGCAUCGUUGGUGACAUUACACCGUACUGUGGCAUUUCAAGGGAAGAGAAGCUACUUCGUGAAUUCUCGGCUAUGUCAGAAAUUGCGGCAUUACUUGGCCCGUGCAAGGAUCGCCUGCUUGAUUUAUUCAACGAGUACGAGGCAGGCAAAACGGCGGAGGCUAAAUUUGUCAAAGAUUUGGACCGUCUCGAUAUGGUUCUACAAGCUUUCGAGUACGAGAAACGAGAUAAUUGUCCGAUGAAACACCAGGAAUUCUUUGAUUCUACCGAAGGGAAGUUCUCUCAUCCAUUUGUGAUCAAUAUUGUUAACGAAAUCAACGCUCAAAGAGUGAAGUUCGCUGAGAAAAGUGCACGUUGUGUCUCGGAUAACUCAUCACCAACUCGAAAGGCCGCUAGUGGAGGCAGUAGAUGAUUUUGGCAUUGGAAAUUUAUACGUUCAUUUCACUAACGGGAUUCGAAUUACUGCUAAUUGCAUGGAGUGUACUUUGUGUUACUUAAUGAGCCGGGGUUUAUGCAAUGUGAUCUCAUCUUUGCUUAUUGCUUCUAUGGUAUUUCUUCGGGAACGUAGAGUAAGAGCCUAUGUGAUUGGUGUUAGCUAGUCAAUCUGAAGAGAUAAGUUUUAGGGAAAUUUUAAGCUAAUAUUUUACGAUCAAUCCGAUUCGUAUUCAGAAUGUAGUGUUGUGAUGUAAGAAGAUUGAAGAGGUCAAAUGUCCGGAAACAUCGAUAUGUUCCAACUAAUAGUAUUUUGUCAACAAAUAACUCAACUCUAUUUAUGUCCACGAAUAAAUUAAAUUUAGACAAAAA